CUUCUUCUUCGUUAUUCUUCUUUCUGUUAUCUUUUGCAUCAUCACACUGCACACUCUGCUUAGUCCAAUUAGCUUCAGGUGAUUCUCUUUUGUAACUUUCUUCUCUCCUUUGACCCAUCCCCUUCAAUUCUAUAGCUGGUUUUAUUUUUCCAGUUGGUGGUUUACGACUUUUGAAUUUCGAGAUUUUGACCCUUCCAACCCCACGUAACCGCUACGCAGAUCUGAGGCCAAAGAUAGCAUCUUUCGGUCCUUCAAAAUUCAAAUGCCCCAUUGGGUAUCUCUAAUUUUCCGAGUUUUUGAGAAUCUUAGCGAAAGAGCAUGUCCGGGGCAGGCCAAGCCAUAGACAUGGAGAAGGUGGGGUUUUCGAAAGCCAAAGCCGAUCAUGGCCGUGGCAAGAAAACGGGCCCGGUUUCGAUGGAUCACGUGCUUCUUGCCUUGCGUGAGACCAAAGACGAGAGGGAUCUUCGAAUUCGGAGUCUCUUCAAUUUCUUCGAUGCUGCCAAUGAUGGGUACUUGGACUAUGCUCACAUUGAGGCUGGUUUGUCUGCCCUGCAGAUUCCCCCUGAGUAUAAGUAUGCCAAGGAGCUUUUCAAGGUGUGUGAUGCUGAUAGGGAUGGUAGGAUUGAUUACCAUGAUUUCAGGCGUUACAUGGAUGACAAGGAGUUGGAGCUUUAUCGCAUAUUUCAGGCAAUUGAUGUGGAGCACAAUGGCUGCAUUCUCCCCGAAGAGCUUUGGGAUGCACUUGUCAGGGCUGGUAGGGAUUGAAAUUGAUGAGGAGGAGCUUGCUCGCUUUGUGGAGCAUGUUGAUAAGGAUAAUAACGGAAUUAUCACUUUUGAAGAGUGGAGAGAUUUUCUUCUACUUUAUCCUCAUGAAGCAACUAUUGAAAAUAUAUAUCAGCAUUGGGAGAGGAUGUGCCUUGUUGACAUUGGGGAACAAGCUGUCAUUCCUGAAGGCAUCAGCAAACAUGUGCACAGGAGCAGAUAUUUUAUUGCUGGGGCAAUAGCAGGAGCUGCUUCUCGUACAGCAACUGCUCCUCUUGAUCGUUUAAAGGUGGUCUUACAAGUUCAGACUGGAAGAGCUGCUAUUAUGCCGGCAGUGAAGAUGAUAUGGCAACGAGAUGGUUUAUUAGGGUUUUUCCGAGGUAAUGGAUUGAAUGUGGUCAAGGUAGCUCCAGAGAGUGCCAUCAAGUUCUAUGCUUAUGAAAUGCUGAAAAAUGUAAUUGGAGAUGCUCAACAGGGAAAGUCAGAUAUCGGUACUGCAGGAAGACUUUUUGCAGGUGGUAUGGCUGGUGCAGUUGCACAGAUUGCUAUCUAUCCAAUGGAUCUUGUCAAAACUAGGUUACAGACUUGUGCUUCUGAUGGUGGAAAGGUUCCUAAACUUAGUACUCUUACAAAGGAUAUAUGGGUCCAUGAAGGACCUCGGGCUUUCUACAGAGGGCUUGUUCCAUCUCUUCUGGGUAUAAUUCCCUAUGCAGGGAUUGAUCUCACUGUAUAUGACACCUUGAAAGAUAUAUCUAAGAAAUAUAUUCUUCAUGACAGUGAUCCUGGUCCUCUAGUACAACUUGGAUGUGGGACGAUUUCAGGUGCUCUUGGAGCCACUUGUGUGUAUCCGCUGCAGGUUAUUAGGACAAGGCUGCAGGCACAACCUAUCAACAACACCGGUGCUUACACGGGAAUGUUUGAUGCAUUCCGGAAAACUUUUAGGGAUGAAAGCUUUAGAGGUUUCUACAAGGGGCUCAUUCCUAAUCUCCUUAAAGUUGUGCCAGCUGCAAGCAUUACUUAUAUGGUUUAUGAAUACAUGAAGAAGAAUCUAGAUCUUGAGUAGAGUGUCAUAGUUAAACUGGCUAAUUUCAAAUAUUAUAAAGCCUGGAAUUGUUGAUGGUGACGAAGAACAGAGAGUACUAGUCCUGUAGGUACUAUUACAGAUAGUCAUUCUUCUGAGGAUAUCUUAAAACACGAUUUUGUAGUCAGAAAGUUUUUCCCCUUGCUUAUCUGAACUAAAAUAUUGAGAAACUAGGUUGUACUCUAGACGUACUAAGGUAAUAGGUUAUAUCCAUUCAAUCUGUACUUUUUCAACUAUUUCAUAUAGUCAAAAGCGAAGGCACAUAAUUGUGGUUCU